GGGGCCUGUCUUCGCCGGGACUGUCGUGUGGCCGGCGGCGCCCACAGGCCUCGGUGUCGGGGCCGUCGGAGCGGGGGCGCCCCGGCCCGGGCAGAGGCGAGUGUUCGACCCCAUCUCCUGUAGAGAGUGGUGCCGGCACGUUCCAGGGAUGUACAUGCAGGUGGAGAUGCGCACCAGCUCCCGCCUCCACCUGAAAAGGGCUCCUGGCAUCCGGUCCUGGUCCCUGCUGGUUGGAAUCUUGUCCAUCGGCCUGGCCGCUGCCUACUACAGUGGAGACAGUCUGGGCUGGAAGCUGUUCUACGUUGCCGGCUGUCUGUUCGUGGCUGUGCAGAACCUGGAGGAUUGGGAGGAGGCCGUGUUCAACAAGAGCACCGGGAAGGUCGUUCUGAAGACGUUCAGCCUCUACAAGAAGCUGCUGACCCUGUUCAGAGCAGGCCAUGACCAAGAGCUGGCGGCCCCGACGCGACCGCCCCCAGCGCGAGCGGGCGGGGCCGAUGGCACUGGCCUGUGUCCCGCAGUGGUGGUGCUGCUGAGCGACAUCCGGGACGUGAACGUGGAGGAGGAGAAGGUCCGGUACUUCGGCAAGGGCUACUCGGUGGUGCUGCGGUUCGCGACGGGCUUCUCCCACCCCCUCACCCAGAGCGCCGUCAUGGGUCGCCGUAGUGACGUGGAAGCUGUUGCCAAGCUCAUCACCAACUUCCUGGAGCUGCACCGUCUUGAGAGCCCUGCAGAGCUGUCACAGAGUAGCGACAGCGAGGCCGGUGGCCCCGGGAGCCAGAGCUGACGGCCCAGGCGUGGCUGCAGACGAGCCGCUCCCAGAGAGGCCCUUGGCCUUGGUCUUGACGGCACCUCCAGCCGAGUCUGCCU